GUGCCUGGCUCAAGGACGCCCGGGGGUUGCAGCUGAUGAACACCUCUCAGUUGCUGCGGGUGCUGCAGUACCAUCAGUACCGCCCUUUGGCGCAGCCCAAGUCCCAGCACGUGGCUUUGGCCGAGCCAGCGCUGGAGCGCCAGAGCAAGGGCCAGUAUCGCCUGGCGCGGGGUGCUGCUUACAUGCAACCUGCGUUUCCUCCGCUUCCAGCCUGGCCGCGCCGGGCGCCUGCCAAGCGACUGCCGGAGCGCAAGGGCAAGAGCAAGUACAAGAUUGAGGCACUCAUUGUUUUGCGCUGCCUCCUGCAGAUCAAAAUUCGCAGCGAACUGGUGCGAAAAGAGAGGAUCAGACGACACAAAGAAUCUCAGCACCAGCUGGCGCAGGUGCUGCUGAAAGGAGCGUACAGGGGCGCCUAUGACCGAGAGAUUGUGGAGAAUACCUGCAAGCGACAAGUUGGGCCGCAACAGACGCUGGAGUUCUUCCAGCAUCUGAACUUGGUGCAGCCCCAGCUGCUGGCCACCGAGGUGCGCACCUUCGGCUGCCGCACCGUGGAAGACCUGUCGCAGCUGCUGCAGCGGUGGCCGGACUUCUGGCAGAAGCUGCGGCUGCGGUGCGGGGAGCGGCAGAAGUUAGACGAGGGCCUGAAGCAGCACCGGAAGGGCAAGGC